CAGAACCAUCAAAACAAGUUAUGUGUAUUAUUAUAAAUCCAGAAUCUAGCUAGGAUAUGCAUUAUUUUAAGAAUAAGGCCGGUGUCAUCAAUAGAAGUCAUCUAGUGUAUGCAUUUGAUGUCUAUGUAUAAAUAGACAGCUUGACACUCAUGUUAAUCAUCAAAUAAUCAUUGUUAUAAACUGAUAGAAACAACAGAGUUGAGAAAAUCAAAAUCAGAGGAUCAUCAUGAAUUGUCUUAUGGGGUGUCAGUCUCAGUUGUGGGUAGUGACCAUUGUGUUUUACACUUGCAUUUUGAUCCCAUUGAAGGAACUCAAGGGGGCACUUGCAAGCCUGUUUGGUCUCUUCAGCAAAGACGUGGUGGAGUUCCCUGCAGUGAUUCCAUCGUUGCCGGUGGCGAGGUUUGAGGAUUUGCGAAGGCAAUGUUGUUGUGAAGGAGGUGAUGAUGAUGAGUUGAGAGAGGAGAUUUGCUCCAUUUGCUUGGUGGAGUUUGAAGGGGAAGAUGCAGUGAGCAAAUUGGAAAGGUGUGGGCAUGUGUUCCAUCUCAAUUGCAUUGAACAAUGGCUAGACUGUUGUCAAUUCUCUUGCCCACUUUGUAGGUCCUUUUUAUUUUCUCAACAUGAUCAUGUCCACACAAACAAAUAGAUCUUUUUUUUUUUUAAAUCAUAGGAUCCAUAUAGUUGUUGUUGUUUGUUAGUACUUAGUAGUAUUAUUACCAGUUUUGUAAUAGAUACUCAGAAAUUGAAGAUCAUUUCGCGA